GCAGUUAAUUAAAUAAAAGAGAAAUGAUUUUAUAGUUUAUAGUUGAUAAGUAUAAAGGUGGAAGGCAUGAAGAAUCUGGAAGAGGAGGCGAAUGGUUGAUAAGUACGUAAGAAGUAAGAGGAAGAUAGAAAAGGAAAAGAGUGAGGCGAAGGUUAAGGUUGGUGACUUUUGGCGGUGUGGGACUCACGAGAGCGGCAAGGGAGUCACAAGAGUCACAAGAAAGGUUGAAGGGAGAGAAUGGAGGGGAGGAAGAUAAGUGGUGGAAGCGGACAGGUUCUAGACGGUUCCAAUAUUAUGGAGUUGGUUGGAAACGACCAUGUUUUCACCACCUUCGUCGACCAUAAGUUUCACGAGUUAGAUAGAGACAGAGAUGGUAAACUCUCUGUGAAAGAGCUUCAACCUGCUGUUGCUGACAUAGGUGCUGCUCUUGGUUUGCCUUCUCAAGGCACUACUUCUCAUUCUGAUCACAUCUAUUCCCAGGUGUUGAAUGAAUUCACACAUGGGAAGCUGGAAAAAGUGAGCAAGACUGAGUUCAAAGAGGUUCUCUCUGACAUUCUAUUGGGUAUGGCUGCUGGACUCAAGCGUGACCCAAUUGUGAUACUUCGCAUUGAUGGGGAAGAUCUUCUCGAAUUUCUUAAUGGUUCAACUUAUGAAGCUGAAAUAACAUCCAUAUUCUCUCAGAUUGAAUCUCCUCACAGAUCUCUUCAUCACCAUAUACUUGAAGCUCUGGGCAAGCUCACUGUUGAUCAUGGGAUUCCUCCUACCUCAGAUUCUUGGGUUUAUAACAACAUUGUGGAACCGGCACUGCUAUCUCUAGAUGGCUCUGAUUUGGAUAAGCCCGUUUCUCAAGAGACAUUUUUGGAGGAAUUCAAGAUGGUGGCAUUGGGUGUGGCUAAGCGUCUAAAGGAACAACCUGUCAUAGUUGCACACAGUGAGAACACCUUUGAUGGAAGUGGUGUUAAGAGACUAUUAUCCAACAAGUUUGAAUUGGACAAGACUUUGAACUCAGCUUUAGAGACUUUGCCUAAAGAUCGUAAUGGAAAGAUGUCAAAGGAGUAUCUACGGGUGGCGCUGGACACCGUGGCUCCAUCUGCAGGUUUACCUCCAGUUGGUGCAAUUCAAGAGAUGGAUAAUGUUAUUGGUGAAGUGUUUAAGAUGGUGAAUGCAGAUGAUGGGAAGACGGUGAAAGAAGAGGAUUUGAAGAAAAUUUUAACUGAAAUACUGGGGAGCAUCAUGUUGCAAUUGGAGGGAAAUCCAAUAUCAGUUUCUUCAAAUUCGGUGGUGCACGAGCCUCUAGACUCGUCCUCUACACUUCUGCAACCAUCACCUAGUGAAACUGAAGCAUAGUUGUGUUUAAGUACAUGACGGGUAAAACAAACCGAGAAAUAUAAUAAAAUUUUUAUUUAUGUAAAUUAUUAUUACUAGCAUAUUUCUGUUUUGAGAUGUGGCCUGUGGGGCUAUUUGUGAAUCUCAAAGUAUAGGAUGCCAUGGAGAAGGAAAAUUCAAUAGUACGUCGGUUUCCCUUACUUGGGCUUGUUGCUUA